AUGACUUCUAGUUGUAUUAGGGAGACCGCUAGAGAGGUAUUGGGUGUCUCAAGAGGUCAAUCUAGCAAACACUGGGGAGACUGGUGGUGGAAUGAAGAGGUUAAGAGAAAGGUAGAAUAUAAGAAGGUGGCUUAUGCUAAGUUGGUUGCGAGCAGGGAUAAGGAGGAAAGACAGACGAAUAAGGAGGAGUAUAAGGUAUCUAAGAGAGAGGCUAAUUUAGCAGUUACGGUAGCUAAGACUGCAGCUUUUGAGCGCCUGUAUGCGGAUUUAGAGGAGAAAGACGGAGAUAAUAAGUUGUAUAGGCUGGCUAAGGCCAGGGAGAAAAGGGCUCAUGACCUUGAUCAGGUGAAGUGCAUCAAAGGUGAGGAUGGUACAAUGUUAGUGGAGGAUGCUCUCAUUAGGGAGAGAUGGAAGUCCUACUUCAAUAAACUUUUGAACGACGAGGGGGACAAAGGUUUUAUGUUGGGGGACUUGGAGAAUUCUGAGGAGUGUCAAAAUUAUGGGUAUUGUAGGUAUAUCAAGGUUGAGAAGGUCAAGAGAGCUAUUCGCAGGAUGAGGCGGGGUGGAGUUAAUGAUAAGUUGGAAAUGUGGAGGCAGACGCUUGAGUCUAAAGGAUUUCGGCUAAGUAGAGCCAAGAUGGAGUACUUGGAGUGUAAGUUCAGUGAUGUCUCGCAGGAGGCUAGAGUGGUUGUGAAGCUAGAUUCUCAAGCCAUUCAGAAGAUGGAGAAUUUCAAGUAUCUAGGGUCUAUGAUUUAG